AUUUUAUUUUAGUGUAUUCAAUUGCUUUAUUGUCAGACACAAAUUACCGCAAUUUAUUAAGUUUUUUGAAUCAUUACAUAAAAAAAUAAAGCAAUUAUAAGACUUUAAAUGAAUGAACAAUGCGUCGAUUUGGUUAUAUCGAAGAAACAUUUUCCAGCCUAAACUUCCAUUUAUGGACUGACUUCUCUGUCUCUAUGAUUGCGGGUCGGAUGAGGAGGAGGUCGAGCCCAAAGAUAAACGAGCAUCUAUACUCGGAAGAAGCGAAUCUUGGGCUCAGUCCAGAAGCAUCUUUCAAGCCCGCUAGUCCAUGAUUCUCCAUUCGACACGAACCUACCAUAAAUUCUUAAAAAAAAAAAACUGAAACAUUGUCACUGUCAUUGACCCGAAAAACCGGAGAGAAGCGAAAAAGAGAAGAGAACAAAGCCAAAGAAGAAAUAAAAACAGUGGCAGCGAGAGAUCUAAUUAUGCAAAUGCCCGGAGCUGUUGUCGGAUUUUUGUGGGUACUCCAGGUGUUACUUCUCUGGUCAACGGUUGGCUGCUCCUCCAACAGUGAGGAGCAGCUGGAGGCCCUGCUGGCCACGGAAACGUUGCUCAUUGAUGAACUCCGCGACUAUAUAGAGCGCCUGGACGAGCAGCUGGAGGAGAUCAGGACGGAGACUGCGGCCAUCGAGGCGAUCCACAUCCAGGUGGGGGAUCGCGUGGAGGAGUACAUGGGAAACCCGAUCAAUGUGCUGACCAUACUGAAGCGCUUCGAGACCGUCUGGCCGAGACUGGAACAGCAGGCAAAUUCCACGCACAAUAUCAGCGUGAUUGAUGACAGACUCAGGGACAGCGAGCUGGUUCUUCCCACAGAGGAGGACUACGAGCAGGCCCUGAGCAAUCUCCUCCAUCUGCAGUCGGUCUACGAGUUGGAGCCGGCGAGCCUCUCCCUGGGCGUGGUCAAUGGCAUGAAGUUGGGCUCAGCCAUGUCCUGGAGCGAUUGCCUGGAAAUGGCAAUGAAGUCGGAUGUCGGAGUGGCCAAGUUCUGGCUGGAGACGGCUCUGGAUAAGCUGCCGCCGGCCACAAAUGCCACGGACCACCGAAGCGAGCGGGAGCGCGGAAAGGUUCAGAUACUGGAGGCGGCCCUCAACAUGGAAUACCGCGCGGGAGAACUUUCCCAGGCCCUGGCAACCGCGGAUGAGCUGCUGCUCCUCCGACCGAUGAACCAAAAUGUGCAAAAGGCCAAGGACAAGAUUGAGCGAGCUCUGGCCAAGACCUCCACACAGUUGCCCUCGUGCAGGGGUGGGCAAACGCCAAAGUCAAGGACAAAAAAUCCUAAGCCCAAAUCUUCGGAGCAGCUGCUCAUAGAAGAACUCUGUCGUGGAGCCACCCAGGAGGCCACGACUGGAGGUCGCUUCACCCACUGCCAGCUGGAGAGGAGCUCGCCCUGGUCCUUACUCCAGCCAGCCAGAGUGGAGCUCCUCAGCUCCGACCCCUACAUAGCCCUGCACUAUGAUGUGCUGACCCUUAAGCAGAGCGAUCAACUCUUGGAAUUGAUGGACGAGGAGGAGAUGGGGAAAGGGGCCAGUUAUCAGCCACUAAAGCUCUCGAUGCUGGCCCAAAAGAAGCUGAGAGGCAUUCACCACCAACUCGGGCAUGUCAGAGGGGAAGAGGAUCUCUGGGAGGGACGUCGCCAUGGCCACGAGCACACGACCAAGCCAGAGGAGCCCGUUCGGGGACAGUACCACCAGACACGUGUCAUGCUGAAUCUCCAGGCACCCGGAAUGGGCGGAGCCGUGGUCUUCCCCCAGCUAGAGCUUGGCGUGAAUGUCCCACGCGGCGCGCUGCUCCAUUGGCGCACACGCACCACGUCCGUAUCUGCGUCCACGUCCUCGUCCGCCUUUGAGAUGGACUACCGCAGUCGACAGGCAGUCUGUCCCGUGCUCCUGGGUGUCCAAGUGUCUGCAUGGACGGGACUCAGUUGACAGGGAAACCAACCGUUUCCAUGGCUUCACAUAUGUAUUAAUUGCCGUCGGGAGAAUAAAAUAAAGGCAGCCUUGACAUUUUAUUGAAU